AUGGCGAAUAUAUCCUUUAAAACAAUAUCUCUUUCAAAUUCAACAACAACGAGUGCUGCUCGUCUUGGUGAAUUAGCAUUUUCAACGAUACCAAAAAUAAUUGAAACACCAGCAGCUAUGCUUUAUGUACGUACUGGUGUUGUACCCGAUGUAACAUAUGAUUUUAUACCGGAUAAUGUUACUCGUUUACUUGAAAUUCCACUUGGUAGUCUAGUAGAAUCAAUGAAUAAUCUUGAAAAUACAGAAUCUUAUGCAAAUUUUGCACGAUUAUCAAAUCCAAUCUAUUGUCCAUUUCAUGAUACUUUAGUUCCAUUACGUGCCGGUGGAAAUGGAAAUCUUUUUUCAAGUGUAUGGACAAAAUCAGGACGUAAAGAAUUAAAUAUUGAUCGAUUUAAAAAAUUAGUUCAACUUGUUAAACCAACAAUGUACGAAACAAUGUUUGACGGUGAUACGCCAUUUGAUCAAACAACAGACAAACGUUUUACUAAAGAUCGUGAACGAAGUCGAAAAUUUUUAGAAAAUUCAUUAGAAGAACAAAAGAAUUCAACAAAUAUUAUCAUUCCACUUGUUGGCGGAUAUGAUAAACGUCAUAGAGAAUUGUAUUUAAAUGAAAUUCUUCGUCUUAUUCCAAAAUAUGAAAAAAAUAUAUUUGGUGUUAGUUUUGAAGGUAUUCAUUCAUAUGGUCCAUUAACAGAAAAUCUUAAUAUUGAUACUCUUAAACCACUUAUUGAAGAAACACGAAAGAAAUUAAAUGAUUAUAAAAAUCUUCUGUUUACUAUGCCACUUCUUUGGCGACCUGAUAAUGUAAUACGAGCUGUUGAUUUAGGUUUUGAUCUUUUUUCCGGUGCUUACGUUCCUUAUAUUUCUGAUCGUUUUAUUAUAUUAUCAUUUCGAUAUAAUGAUAAAAUGUCUUCGAAUACCACUGGACCAGAUUAUAAUAUUAAUUCAAAAGAAUAUAUGAAUGGUAAACAACCUUUGUUGUCUAAUUGUGAAUGUUAUUGUUGUAAAAAUUAUACACAAGCAUAUGUUUAUCAUUUAAUACAAACAAAAGAAUUACUUGGACGAACAUUAAUUACAAUUCAUAAUCUUUAUCAUUAUCAUGCAUUUUUUCAAGCAAUUCGAGAGAGUUUAAAAGCAAAUACAUGGAAUGAUUAUCGAACGAUGAUACUUGAACAAUAUCCGAUUCAAGAGCAAAAAUGA